AUGCAGGACGUGAACAUGUUUAAACAGAAAAGAUCUUAUUUCCAGUCAUCAUUGAGCUGCACUGCGGCACAGAGAAAUAAGGUUUUUAUCCCAGUGCCCCUGAAGUUCUGGCUAUGUCCUCCGGUAUGUCAUGAAAGCUGUGGAACCGAGAGUGGAGAGCCGUGAGCCGCUAGAAGCCCCCAGAAGCUGAAGCCCCCCCCAAUGAUGGAGCCUUAUCACUCCAGCUCUGGAGGAGAACCCUCUGUCCGAUACACGGGGAGGAGUGAUCUGCUCCAGGAUCAGUCCAGGUGUGGAGUGUGUGAGCAUCGUCUGACAGAUCCAGUCUCAAUCAACUGUGGACACAGUUUCUGCAGAGUGUGUAUCAGCAACUAUUGGAACAGAACUGCUCAGUCAAAAGACUUUAUAUGCCCCUGUUGCAGAAAGAGAUCUAAAACAUGUCCUGUUCUACAUCCACACACAGAGGAGUCUAUAAAAGAGGAUUCCUAUCAACCAGUGGAUGAUGUUCUGCAGAGAGUUAUACAGACACACAAAACCACCAUGAAGGACAGAUACGAGAACGUAUUUGAGGGAAUCAAAAUACCAGAUAACAGAACACUCCUGAGCAGGGUUUACACCCAGCUCUACAUCAUAGAGGGAGAGAGUGAAGGAGUGAAUAAAGAACAUGAGGUUUUACAGAUGGAGAUAACUUCCAGCAAUUACUUAAAGGACACUCUGAUUAACUGCUUAGAUAUAUUUAAACCUAUAGAAGAACCAGAAGGAGAAAUUGAAGAAGAAAACACAAGAGCUGUGAUGGUUCGUGGUCUCAGACUUAAAGAAAAUAAGAAACGUAAAGAAAAUAAAACACCAAAAAACAUCCGAACUGUGCUCACUAAAGGAAUUGCUGGAAUUGGCAAAACUGUACUUGUGCAGAAGUUCAUUCUAGACUGGGCAGAAGGGAAAGCUAAUCAGGAUGUAGAUUUCAUGUUUGUGCUUCCAUUCUGUGAUCUGAACCUGUUUGAUGAUGAUCAGUACAAUCUUCAUACACUUCUGUGUGCCUUUCAUCCUGAUCUCAAAGAUAUAGAUCCUACAGUCUAUAACAGGUGUAGCAUUUUGUUUAUUUUUGAUGGACUGGAUGAAAGCAGAAUUGAACUGGAGUUUUCACAGUGUGAGAAAGUAUCUGACAUAAGAAUGACAUCAUCAGUUGGUGUGUUGAUGGCAAACCUUCUUAAAGGAGGGCUGUUACCCUCUGCUCAAAUCUGGAUUACCUCCCGACCAGCAGCAGCCAAUCAGAUCCCUCCUCAAUACAUCUGCCGUGUGACAGAAAUUCAGGGUUUUAAUGACCAACAGAAGGAGGAGUACUUCAGAAAAAGAAUAAGUGACCAAGACCAAGCCCAGAAAAUCAUCUCCCACAUUAAGACAGUGAGGAGCCUCAACAUCAUGUGCCACAUUCCUGUAUUUUGCAGGAUCUUAGCCACUGUGCUACAGCGUAUCAUGACACAGAAUAAUACAGAAAUCCCUAAAACACUGACUGAGAUGUACUCCCACUUCCUGAUCACUCAGACUAACAUGAAGAAAGAGAAGUAUGAGAAAAACUUUGAUAGAGAUCAUGUGGAACUGCUGAAAUCAAACAGAACCAUUCUUUUAAAACUGGCUGAACUGGCUUUUAAUCAGCUGAUGAAGGGCAAUGUGGUGUUCUGUGAAGAAGACCUGAGAGAGCGUGGUAUUGAUGUAACCGAGGCCUCUGUGUAUUCUGGGAUCUGCACUGAGAUCAUUAGGGAGGAUUGUGUCCUUUAUCAGAAGAAGUUCUACAGCUUUGUUCAUCUGAGCUUUCAGGAGUUUCUGGCUGCUCUCUAUGUGUUUCACUGCUACUUGAUCAAGAAUAUGGAUGGACUGAGUGUUUUUAGUCAAUGGAUUAGUGGAUGGCCUGAAAAAGUUCCACUGCAUGAGCUCCUGAUGGGAGCAGUGAAUGAAGCCUCUCAGAGGAAGAAUGGACACCUGGAUCUUUUCCUUCGUUUUCUGCUGGGCAUCUCACUGGAGUCCAGUCAGAAUAUCCUACAGGGCCUCCUGACUCACACAGAGAGCACAUCAGAGAGCAUUAACAUCACAGUGCAACACAUCAAAGAGAAAAUGGAAGAUAAAUAUCUUUCCAAUGACAGAUCUGUUAACCUGUUUCUUUGUCUGACUGAAAUGAAAGACCAGCACUUGUCCAAAAAGAUCCAGGAGUUCCUGAAAUCAGAGAAAUGCUCAGAAAAUAAACUGUCUGCUGGAGAGUGUUCAGCUCUGUCCUGCAUGCUGCAGAUCUCAGAUGAGGUGCUGGAUGAAUUAGACCUGAAGAAAUACUGCACAUCAAAGAACGCUUAUAUGAAACUGUUUCCAGCAGUAAUGAAUUGCAGAAGGGCUUUCUUAGCUGACUGUAAUCUCACCAUGGACCACUGUAAAACACUCUGCUCUGCUCUGAAAUCAGAAAACUCCACCCUGAAAGAGCUGGACCUCAGCAACAACGACCUACAGGAUUCAGGAGUGGAGCUGCUCUCUGCCGGAUUAAAGAGUUCACACUGUAAACUGCAGAUUCUCAGACUAGUUUCAUGUAAUUUUGGUGUAAAAAUAUGUGAAACUCUGGGAUCCAUUUUAAACCUGGAAAACUCCUGCCUGAUAGACCUGGACCUCAGUAACAAUAAUCUGCAGGAUUCAGGAGUGGAGCUGCUCUCUGCUGGACUGCAGGGUUCACAUUGUAAGCUGGAGACACUCAGACUAGUUUCAUGUAAUCUAAGUGUAAAGGCUUGCGAAACUCUGCGAUUAGUUUUCAACCUGGAAAACUCCUCCUUAAAAGAGCUGGACCUCAGUAACAAUGACCUGCAGGAUUCAGGAGUGGAGCUGCUCUCUUAUGGACUGAAAAGUUCACACUGUAAACUGCAGAUCCUCAGACUAGCCUUGUGCAAUCUUGGUUUAAAAACAUGUGAGCAUCUGGGAUCAGUUUUAAACUUGGGAAAUUCCCUAAUAGAGCUGGUCCUUAGUAACAAUGACUUGCAGGAUUCAGGAGUGGAGCUGCUCUCUGCUGGACUGAAGAGUUCACACUGUAAACUACAGAUUCUCAGAUUAUCUGGUGUUAUGGUCACAGACGAAGGCUGUUCUUCUCUGGAUGCAGUUUUGAGUUCAAAUCCCACCCACCUAAAAGAAUUGGAUCUGACCUACAACCAUCCUGGAGAGUCAGGAGUGAAGCUGCUCUCAGCUAAAUUGGAGGAUCCACUCUGUGCACUCAACACACUCAGGGUUGAGCACGGAGGCAAAAUCAGAAUCAAACCAGGACUAAAGAAAUAUGCCUGUUAUCUUACACUGGACUCGAACACAGCACACCCACGUCUCUCUCUGAGUGAGGACAAAAGGAAGGUGGUGAAGGGAAAGGAGCAGCUGUAUCCUGAUCAUCCAGAGAGGUUUGAUGACUGCUGGCAAGUGAUGAGUAGAGAGAGUCUGACUGGUCGCUGUUACUGGGAGGCUGAGUGGGGUGGUAAAUGGGGAGCUGAUGUAGUUCUGACUUAUAAAACCAUCAGCAGGAAAAUAAUUGGUAAAACCAGCUGGAAUGAAAUGAUGGACUGUCGGUUUGGUGAGAGUGAAAAGUCCUGGAGUCUGAGCUGCACUGAUGACUGUUACUCUGUCCGUCACAAUAGAAACAACACUGUCCUCCGUUCUCCUCCCUCCGGUUGUAGGAAAGUAGGAGUGUAUGUGGACUGUCCAGCUGGCAUUCUGUCCUUCUAUAGCAUCUCUUCUUAUACACACAAACUCACACACUUACACACAUUCACAACCACGUUCACACAACCCCUCUAUGCAGGGUUUUGGAUUUGGGAAUGCUCCUCAGCAUGUAUUUGUGAUAUAAAAUAACCUUUUGUUAGUGUGUGUGCAGGCAUGUAAUCAACUAUUCAUAGUCUUCACAUACAGUUAGGCCCAAAAAUAUUUGGACAGUGACUAUCUUUAUAAUUUGGGCUCUGCAUGCCACCACACUGGAUUUUAAAUAAAACAAGAUGCAAUUGAAUAUUACACAGUGAGGUUUAAUUCAUCAUGAGUAAAGCAGGUAAAAGGUCUGGAGUCUGGAGAUUCCAGCUGUAGAAUUUGCAUUUGGAAGGUGUUGCUGGACAAUAAACGAUCCUUCGGCUGAAAAAUACAGAGGGUUCCCAACAAGCUGCAAAUCGUUAAAAGAAAGACCUGAUUAGAGUUUGGUAAAUAAGUGGAAUAUUCUGCAAUGACCAAAAGUUAAAUGUAUUUAGUUUUUUAUAAAGUACAAUUUAGGAAUUAAGUUGUCAAAUUACUUUAUAGCCCCUGAAAUGAGGAGGCUUUGUAGAGAAAUGGUUGUAAUUCCCAAACACUUCAUAGAAUAUUUUUGUUCAACCCUGCACUACACCUCAGUUGCAUUUUGUUUGUUUAAUUUCAAAUCCAGUGUGGUGUCAUGCAGAGUCUGAAUAAUGGAGAUUGUGUCACUGUCCAAAUAUUUCUGGCCUUAACUGUACAUCUUUUCCCAGUGUAGAAUUUGAGAGUGAAAGUGGGGAUGUGAUAAUGUCAGGUUGCCUGACACAUGAACAGUGUAAUACAUGUGAUCUUAAGUGACAUUGACCAGUUUAUGUUUUAGUGGUUAAGAGCAGUGAUUAUUUACUGCAAACUAUAAUUAUUCAUAUCAGAGAGAGAGUUCAUAAUGUUCAGUAUAAUGAUUCAUAAAUCUACACACAGUUUGGACACAAC